CUCCAAUCUCCAUUUUCAUUUGCUAUUACCUUAUCCUAAAACCCUCUAAAAACCCCUUUUUCUUUCUCUCUCCUCACUUCAAUGGCGCCAAAUCAAAUCUUCCAUUAAAAAACACACACAACCAACUAUGGAACUUUCAUCUUCCUUGAAACCCAUCUCAAAAUAUGGGGAUCUUUCUUUCUCAUCUUCUUUCUCUACUUUCUCUCUCCAAAUUCACCCCAACAAAUCACAAACAAAAUUUCCCCACCGAAGAAUUUACGCUGUUUCCUCUUUUGACCCUCAAGAACUCCCCAAAAGUAGCCCUCAAAGACUCCUAAAAGAGUUAGCUGAGCGCAAAAAAGUAAUUUCACCAAAGAAAAAAGCACCCCCUAGAAAAUACAUCUUAAAACCUCCUUUAGAUGAUGCAAAAUUAGCUCAAAGAUUCCUUGAUAGCCCUCAAAUGUCCCUUAAACAAUUCCCUUUAUUAAGUUCUUGUUUGCCGUCUUCGCGGCUUAACAAUGUUGAUGAUAUUUGGAUUGAUGAGUACUUACUUGAGGUUAAACAAGCAUUGGGGUAUUCUUUAGACUCAUCUAAUAACUUGGCGGAUGAUAAUCCUGCUAAACAGUUCGAUACAUUGUUGUACAUUGCAUUUCAACACCCUUAUUAUGUUUCUUGCUCUAGGGUAAAUGCUAGACAUGUUAAAUAUGGCCACUCUAGGUUGAUGUUUUUGGGCCAAUACGUGCUCGAAUUGGCCUUAGCAGAGUUCUUCUUGCAACGCUAUCCGAGGGAGUCUCCGGGGCCUAUGAGGGAGAGGGUGUAUGCUUUGAUUGGGAAGAGGUUUUUGCCCAAUUGGAUUAAGGUGGCUAGUUUGCAUAAUUUGGUUUUUCCUUUUGAUGAUAUUGAUAAAUUGAGGCGUCAGGAGAAAGAACCUCCUUCUAAGUCUGUGUUCUGGGCUCUGUUUGGAGCUAUAUACUUGUGUUAUGGGAUGCCAGAAGUAUAUCGUGUGCUAUUUGAAGUGUUUGGGAUGGACCCCGAAGAUGAGGAGUGCCAGCCAAAGAAAAGAAGGCAACUUGAAGAUGUUGAUUAUGUUUCUGUGGAAUUUGAAGGCAGAAAACUAAGUUGGCAAGAUGUAGCUACCUAUAGGCCUCCUGAGGAUGCUCUUUUUGCACAUCCAAGGGUUUUUAGAGCUUGUGUGCCCCCAGGCAUGCAUCGGUUCCGAGGAAACAUAUGGGACUUUGAUAGCAGACCUCAAGUUAUGAAAACUCUGGGUUAUCCUUUGCCAAUGAGUGAUAGACUACCAGAAAUCACUGAAGCAAGAAAUAUUGAGCUUGGACUUGGACUGCAGCUGUGUUUCCUGCAUCCCUCAAAAUACAAGUUUGAACAUCCUAGGUUUUGUUUCGAGCGACUGGAGUAUCUUGGCCAAAAGAUCCAGGAUCUCGUGAUGGCUGAGAGGCUACUAAUGAAGCAUUUGGAUGCUCCUGGGAAGUGGCUUGAAGAGAAGCAUCGUCGUGUCCUCAUGAACAAGUUCUGUGGAAAGUACUUGCGGGAGAAAUUUCUUCACCGAUUCAUCAUAUACUCUGACCAGGUUCAAGAUGCUUACGAGCACAAUCGAAGGCUAAGAAAUCCGGCCACACAAUCUGUUAGUCAAGCCAUCCACGGCCUCGCUUAUGCGGUGUAUGGUAAGCCAGAUGUGAGACGCUUGAUGUUUGAGGUCUUCGACUUUGAGCAAGUACAACCAAAGCCUGUAUGAAAAUACUUUUGUAGAUUUAGAUACAAUUGAUUAACGUGUAUCUUAAUGUUCCAAAGUCAUUGGGGAGGAAGCAAAUAUAUGCAUUUCUCCCAUUUUAUACCUCUGAUAAUCUUUGUAAAAUUAUUAUAGAUGCAAAGAAGUUAUGCAGAUUGCAGGCAUAUAACACAAGAUGGAACAGUAGAACAUAAAAGAAAAAAAAACAUAAUGGAUUUUGAGCAUGUAUGUGGCUUUUAUGUGAUGUUUCGCCAUUUUUCCAGGUUAUAAAAGAGAUUGUAAAUGUGUAUAGAAGUAUGUUAAAUUAGAUCUUUGUGUGUU